CUCUGCUGCUGCACCCCGGCCCCCGCCCGCCUUUCGGGGCUCCUUUCUCUCCAUAUCGCCCACCGCUCGCCCCCGGGGUGCGCGCGCCAGACCCCACGGGAGAGCUGGAAGAGCCGGGGGACCUAGAGCUGCUCGAGGCACUCGAGGAGGAGGAAGAGGAGGCGGCGGCCAUGGGGAGCGGGGCCAGCGCCGAGGACAAGGAGAUGGCCAAGAGGUCCAAGGAGCUGGAGAAGAAGCUCCAGGAGGACGCGGAUAAAGAGGCCAAGACGGUCAAGUUGCUCUUGCUCGGGGCCGGAGAGUCGGGCAAGAGCACCAUUGUGAAGCAGAUGAAGAUCAUCCACCAGGAUGGCUACACGCCCGAGGAGUGCAUGGAGUUCAAGGCCAUCAUCUACGGCAACAUCCUGCAGUCCAUCCUGGCCAUCAUCCGCGCCAUGUCCACCCUGGGCAUUGACUACGCCGAGUCGUCCCGCGCGGACGACGGGCGGCAGCUCUUCAACCUGGCCGACUCCAUCGAGGAGGGGACGAUGCCCCCCGAGCUGGUUGACUGCAUCAAGAAGCUGUGGAAGGACGGGGGGGUCCAGGCUUGUUUUGACCGCGCCGCUGAGUACCAGCUCAAUGACUCGGCUGCGUAUUACCUGAACCAGCUGGACAGGAUCACAGCCCCCGAUUACCUCCCCAAUGAGCAGGACGUGCUGCGAUCCCGAGUGAAGACCACGGGCAUCAUCGAGACCAAGUUCUCUGUCAAAGACCUGAAUUUCAGGAUGUUCGACGUGGGGGGGCAGAGAUCGGAGCGCAAGAAGUGGAUCCACUGCUUCGAGGGGGUGACCUGCAUCAUCUUCUGCGGGGCGCUGAGCGCCUACGACAUGGUGCUGGUGGAGGACGACGAAGUGAACCGCAUGCACGAGUCCCUGCACCUCUUCAACAGUAUAUGCAACCACAAGUUCUUCGCCGCCACGUCCAUCAUCCUCUUCCUCAACAAGAAGGACCUUUUUGAGGAGAAGAUCAAGAAAGUCCAUCUCAGUAUUUGCUUCCCGGAGUAUGACGGUCCCAACACGUUUGAAGACGCGGGAAACUACAUCAAGACCCAGUUCCUUGAUCUCAACAUGCGGAAGGACGUGAAGGAGAUUUACAGCCACAUGACCUGUGCCACAGACACGCAGAACGUCAAGUUCGUCUUCGACGCCGUCACGGAUGUCAUCAUCAAAGAGAACCUCAAGGACUGCGGCCUCUUCUGAGCGUCUGUUGGCAGAAGAGGAGGGGUCGCGCUGUUCUCACCGCCGUUCUGCUGAGCAGAGCCAAGGGAUUCACCACAAAGAAACACAAGUUACCCACACCUCACUUUUUCUACAACCUGCCCAACCGAACCACCCAGGAUAGGAAGGGGCUGGAGCCAAACUUCCCUUUCGUGGCCAUUUCCUCUUUUUUUUAAAAGAAAGAAGAACGAAGCCUCUGCUCUCCGCAGCGUUCAGGGAUCGGUUUGACACCGAAGAGCACGACAGCUGGAAAGGUUCAUGUCAAGCAUCAUGUUCCCACCACCGCAGCAUCGCGCCUGCGGGAGGCAGGGACGGGAGCUGCCCACCCCCCCGCUGCUUUAUUCCCUUUUAUCGAAGCUGAAUUGGAGUUUCUGGGGAAGGCGGAGGCCGGGGAACCAACCUCAGUCCUUGGGGUUUUUGUGCCCUGAGGCUUGAGGGAAUUGCCCCCCGAGCAAUGGGGAUGUGGGGCUGGUGGCAGCGCGGGCAGGAGCGCGUUUGGGUGACAAUCCCGGCUGCGGCAGAGGAACGGGCCGGAGAAAGAGGAAAUGGUGACUCGAAAGAUUUCCAUUCCGCUACUUAGAGCUGCGUUUGCUCUUCGCCGUCUGUAAAUAACUCCGCUGUAGCCCCGGCCCGCGUCCCCUCGACCGCGCGGCUUCGCUGCGCUGUAGGAAAACCAAAUAAACACAUACGCAUGA